AUGGACGCAAGUAAACAGACAAAGAAAGGAGCGGGAGGUAGGAAAGGAGGACCAAGGAAGAAGUCUGUCACCAGACCUGUCAAAGUCGGUCUUCAAUUUCCCGUCAGAAGGAUUGGUAGAUUCUUGAAGAAAGGUAAAUAUACUCAGCAUGUUGGUACUAAUGCUUCUGUUUACUUAGCCGCUGUUCUCGAAUAUCUCGCUGCUGAGGUUCUUGAGUUGGCUAGAAAUGUUGCACGUGAUAACAAGAAGAACAACAUAAGUCCAAGACACUUGCUUGGUGUUCUUCCUAACAUCAACCCCGUCCUUUUGCCAAAUGGGAAUGAAAAUGCUAGUGCUAGUACUCCAAAGUCUCCAACAAAGACCAAGAAAACUCCAAAGAACAUUUAG